UACCUUUAGCUUAGUAACUAGUCUGACUGAUGCGUUUUGUAACUGGACUAGCUUUGGAACAUUUGCCCUCUCAGUUCUUUGGAGUCAUUUAGAAUAAAAGGGGAUAAACCUGCUUUUGCACUGGGGAUUUGUACUUUUUUUUUAACUUUGGUAUUAAUUUUUUGGAAAGCUUGGAAAUGUAUUCUGGAAGGAAUCAGAGGACUCUGGCUGUUAUUUGCACCGUAUUGAUGUUUGUCGUAUGCCCAGCUGAAAUAGAGGUGUCCAGAGGCUGUUCCCGUCCCUGCUCCUGCCCACCGUCUCCACCCUCCUGUCCGCUCGGAGUGAGCUGGGUGCUGGAUGAGUGUGGCUGCUGUAAGGUGUGCGCCCAACAGUUCAACCAGGACUGUGGCCCUGACCGACCCUGUGACCACAUCAAGGGCCUGCGCUGCCACCUAGGGGCCGGAGGGGACCCUCGGCGUGGUCUCUGCAGAGCUGAGGCUCAGGGACGUCCGUGUGAGUUUGCUGGUGGUGUGUAUCAGCACGGAGAGGAUUUCCAGCCCAGCUGUCAGCACCAGUGCAGCUGUAUGGAUGGUGUGGUGGGCUGUAUGCCGCUGUGUCCACACAACAUCCCUCUGCCCCACGGACACUGUGCCAACCCUCGUCUGGAGACGCCGCCGGGACGCUGCUGUGAGGAGUGGCUGUGUGACGAUGAUAACAGCAUCAGGGAAGACCGCAGCCACCCAGAACACCCUAGUAACCACCAGAAUGCCCUAGCAACCUGUGAAAUGUGUCCAUCAUGGCUUUGCGUUCUCAUUUACCCUGCAGAGUGGGCAUCCUUGCCUAUGUCUCGGGUUCCCUUCCCAUCAUCCGAAUGUUUCCCACAGACCACCGACUGGUCCGAAUGUUCUGCUUCCUGCGGGUUUGGCAUCUCGAGUCGUGUGACUAAUAGUAAUGCACAGUGCAGGCUUGUUAGAGAGACUCGCCUUUGCCAGAUCAGAGAAUGUGACAUCACUCCAGCUAUGAAGAAAGGAAAGAAGUGCAGGCAAAUGGUGAGGUCUCGGGAACCGGAGCAGAUCACGUUCGCUGGCUGCUCAACGACUCGACGCUACCGGCCUCGUACGUGUGGCUCGUGUGUGGAUGGCAGGUGCUGUCAGCCGUCCUCAUCCCGCACGGUGCGUCUGCGCUUCCGCUGCCCAGAUGGAGAGAACAUCACGCGUAACGUCAUGUGGAUCCAGCGCUGCCAUUGCAGCCAGAGCUUCUGCAGGGUUCAGAGAGAGCGAUCCUCACCCAUCGUCAGCCUUCACAACGACAUACACACCUUCUCUCACUGAACACACACAACGCGCCAUCACUCCAUAAUGGCUAAAACUCACUUUUCACACUUAAAGGACGUUCCUGUUUCAGGCAAGUCUCCUGAACUAUAGAAUGGUAAACUGUUCUAGACUUGUAUAUAGUUUUUGCACUUUAAGUGUUUCUCCUUCGCUUUGACCUGCAGGCUCUGAAUCUCAUGAAAGCAUGUCCAGGUCACAUUUCUUGAGGAUUUGUGAGAAGGCAUUGUUUACUGUUGUUAGCUCAUGUUUCCACAUCUUUCUACUUUUAUUUAUUCUGUUAUUUUUAGAUUUGAAGUUUUUUAUAGUGUCUUUAAGGAUAAGUGAUUUAUUUGGUGUCAGAUGAAUGACUUCCUGUCACUCGAUGGGUAAAUGCACUAAUGAGGGCGAUGAGAUUAUGUUACAGAUGUUGUGUAGGCCUAUAUCAUUGAGUUACCUGAUCAAGGAUGACUAGUCUAGAGACUUGCUUUGUCUUUUGUACAGUGUACAGGCUUCACUAUAGGUGGAGUGACUCUUUGAGACUGCUUCAUUUUACGGGGCAUGCUUUAAAUUCUAGACGCUCUCUUGUAUAGGAGUGAAUGACUAUUUGUAUAGUAAAGAUGUUGAAUAUAAAUGACUUUGCCGAUCAGUUUGUGUCACAAAAAAAUAAAACAUU